AUGCCCCAUUCACUAAUUCCAUUGAUCGUCCAUCAGACAUGGGGUCACCGGCAAAUCAAUACUUGGCCAGAGGAUUUGCGGCAAAGUGUUGAACAAUGGCUACAGUUUGUGGCCGAGGAUGAAGUGGCAUAUUUCCUUUGGGAAGAUGAGGGCAUAGCAGAGUUUAUCAAUCACUUUACGCCUGAAUCCCAGGAGCACUAUGCAUCGCUGCCAUCAAUGGUUGAGAAAACAGACUACUUUCGUAUCCUAGUCGCUACAUAUGUUGGCGGGAUCUAUGGAGAUCUCGAUACUGUGCCACUCAAGUCACCUGCUCGGUGGAUCACCUCACAGGAUGUUCUGCCAUGGACGGACCUCGAGACUAGAUCCGUCUAUAACUCUACGAAGCCUGUCAGGGCAAUUUUCGGCAUUGAAGCUGAUUGCCUGCCUGCUGACCGCACAUGCUGGCGUAUGGGCUAUCCGUAUUCAAUUCAGCUAACUCAGUGGUCGUUCGCCUCGACCCGUGACCAUCCUAUUCUACACCGAUAUCUUGAAAACCUCGCUCACCAAUUGCAGAAACUUGCAAAUCUCUACGGGGGUAAUCUACAAACAUCAGCCGCUCGUGCCGAGCUACAGGCUCUUGAUCCUUUGACUUUAACGGGUCCAGAGGCCAUCACUUACGCUGCUCAAGGAUGGCUCAAUGUCUCAGCUGGGUUGAGGUGGAAUGCGCUAACUGGUUUACAAGAUGGCGGGAAGGCCAAGCUAGUCGACGAUGUGUUGAUACUCCCCAUUACUAGUUUCAGUCCUGGUAGAGGAAAGUACGGCAACAUGGGCUCUAAACCCAUCACAGAUCCCACAGCACUAGUGCACCAUCACGGCCAAGGGUCAUGGAAGAAAUUCAACCUUGUCGCCGAGGUUGGUAAAAUCUGUCGCACAGCCUUUGGACUCUGUGAGAGUUGGUCAAAGAUGCAGAGCACAACGUGA